AUGGCUACUACUUCGCACAUGUUCAUGUACUCGCUGACGAUCCAGCCCCCUACUGCGAUCACACAGGCCAUCCUUGGUCAGUUCGCGGGUACUAAGGAACAGCAAAUCGUCACUGCCUCCGGGUCCAAGCUGACCAUCCACCGUCCGGACCCGGCGCAGGGAAAGGUCACUCCGAUCUAUUCCCAAGAUGUCUUUGGCAUCAUCCGUUCAUUGGCUGCGUUUCGAGUCGCUGGAAGUAACAAAGAUUACAUUAUCAUCGGGUCUGAUUCGGGUCGCAUCACGAUCAUUGAAUAUGUUCCCUCCCAGAACCGCUUCAACCGUAUCCACUUGGAAACAUUUGGCAAGUCUGGAGUACGCCGGGUAGUUCCGGGUCAAUACCUGGCCGUGGAUCCCAAGGGUCGAGCUUGCCUGAUUGCCUCGUUGGAAAAGAACAAGCUGGUCUAUGUUCUCAACCGCAAUUCCCAGGCAGAGCUCACUAUCUCGUCUCCACUUGAGGCACACAAGCCACAGACCUUGGUUUUCGCCAUGACUGCCCUGGAUGUUGGCUAUGAAAACCCCGUUUUUGCUGCCCUUGAAGUGGAUUACUCGGAAUCUGACCAGGAUCCGACUGGUCAAGCCUACGAGGAGAUUGAGAAGGUGCUCGUCUAUUAUGAGCUUGACCUGGGUCUUAACCAUGUUGUCCGCAAGUGGUCGGACCCUGUUGACCGUACGGCGAAUAUGCUGUUCCAACUGCCGGGAGGAGCAGACGGCCCAAGCGGUGUACUUGUGUGCGCGGAAGACAACAUUACCUACCGCCACUCGAACCAGGAUGCCUUCCGUGUGCCCAUUCCGCGUCGCACUGGACCCACUGAGAACCCGGAGAGGAAGCGCACCAUCGUGUCAGGUGUAAUGCACAAGAUGAGGGGCGCAUUCUUCUUCCUUCUCCAGACGGAGGACGGUGACAUGUUCAAGCUGACCCUUGACAUGGUUGAGGAUGAGAAUGGUCAGCUCACUGGCGAAGUCAGAAGGUUGAAAAUCAAGUACUUUGACACCGUUCCCGUGGCGUCUAGCCUCUUGAUUCUCAAGAGUGGUUUCCUCUACGUUGCCAGUGAAUCGGGCAACCACAACUUUUACCAAUUUGAAAAACUUGGUGAUGACGAUGAGGAGACUGAAUUCACUAGUGAUGAUUUCUCUGCGGACCCAUCUGUUCCCUAUGACCCCAUCUAUUUCCGCCCCCGCACCGCGGAGAACCUGAACCUCAUGGAGAGCCUCAACUCGCUCAACCCAUUAACCGAUAGCAAGAUUGCCAAUCUCACUGGUGACGAUGCUCCGCAAAUCUACACAAUUGGUGGCAAUGGUGCUCGUAGCUCCUUCCGCACACUUAAACAUGGGCUGGAGGUCUCGGAGAUCGUCGAGUCAGAGCUUCGAACAGUACCCUCCGCAGUCUGGACGACGAAGCUUACUCGUGGGGAUGAGUAUGAUGCCUAUAUCGUGCUCUCCUUCGCCAACGGUACACUUGUCCUCAGUAUUGGCGAGGUCGUGGAGGAGGUUUCCGAUACGGGUUUCCUCUCUACAGCCCCGACGCUUGCAGUGCAACAGCUGGGCGAGGACUCUUUGAUUCAGGUGCACCCUCGCGGUAUCCGUCAUUUGAUGGCUGAUCGCCGAGUCAACGAGUGGCCCGCACCGCAGCACCGAUCCAUUGUGGCCGCCGCUACUAAUGAACGCCAGGUGGCAGUGGCUCUGAGCUCCGGCGAGAUCGUCUAUUUCGAAAUGGAUGCCGAUGGAUCGCUCGCAGAAUAUGACGAGCGUCGUCAAAUGUCUGGCACGGUGACUUGCUUGAGCUUGGGCGAAGUUCCAGAGGGGAGGAUGCGCAGCUCUUUCCUCGCUGUCGGCUGUGAUGAUUCCACCGUCCGUGUCCUUAGCCUUGAUCCGGAUUCUACGCUUGAGAAUAAAUCUGUGCAAGCUUUGACGUCGGCGCCAUCGGCGCUUAACAUCAUUGCUAUGGCCGACUCGAGCUCUGGUGGUACCACACUUUACCUGCACAUUGGUCUCUACUCCGGUGUCUAUCUCCGCACUGUUCUGGAUGAAGUCACUGGCGAGCUUUCUGAUACACGUACACGUUUCCUGGGAGCAAAGCCCGUGAAGCUCUCACAAGUCUCUGUCAAGGGCCAGACUGCAGUUCUGGCGCUAAGCUCGCGCCCAUGGCUCGGAUACUCAGAUAUCCAAACAAAGAGCUUCAUGCUCACACCCCUCGACUGUGCUAGCAUCGAAUGGGGCUGGAACUUCUCUAGUGAGCAGUGCGAGGAGGGCAUGAUCGGUAUCCAGGGCAAGAAUCUACGGAUCUUCUCCAUCGAUAAGCUCGACAACAACAUGCUCCAAGAGUCAAUCCCCUUGGCUCACACACCACGUCGCUUUGUCAAGCAUCCCGAACAGCCUCUUUUCUACGUCAUUGAAUCCGAUAACAAUGUUUUAUCCUCUGCAACGCAACAGAGCCUCAUUGAGGACUCGAAGACACGCAAUGGUGAAGUUCAGAUACUGCCCCCGGAGGACUUUGGUUACCCUCGCGGCACCGGACACUGGGCGUCAUGCAUUCAAAUAGUGGACCCCGUUUCGUCAAAGCAAGUGGUCUUCACUCUUGAGCUGGAAGACAAUGAAGCCGCGGUCAGCAUUGCCGCAGUACCAUUCUCAAGCCAAGACGAUGAGACAUUCUUGGUCGUUGGAACGGCGAAGGAUCUGACUGUGGAUGCACCUUCAUCUGCUGGCGGCUUUAUUCAUAUCUAUCGAUUCCAAGAAGAUGGUCGUGAGUUGGAAUUCAUUCACAAGACCAAGGUUGAUGAGCCGCCUUUGGCUCUCCUUGCCUUCCAGGGCCGAGUACUCGCCGGUAUUGGUUCACUCCUCCGACUUUAUGAUCUGGGUAUGAAGCAGCUGCUUCGGAAAUGCCAGGCUCAUGUCGUCCCCCACACAAUUGUCGGUCUUCAGACACAAGGAAGCCGUAUUGUGGUUAGCGAUACCCGUGACAGUGUGACGUAUGUUGUCUACAAGUACCAGGAGAACAUCUUGAUUCCAUUCGUGGAUGAUACCAUUGCUCGCUGGACGACAUCUACCACAAUGGUCGACUAUGAAACCACGGCCGGUGGUGACAAGUUCGGCAAUAUCUGGCUGCUUCGUUGCCCCAUCAAGUUUUCAGAGGAGGCUGAUGAGGACGGGUCUGGGGCUCACCUCGUCCACGAGAAGGGCUAUCUUCACGGCACGCCCAAUCGUCUGGAGCUCAUGAUCCACUACUAUGUCCAAGACAUUCCCACUGGCAUACAUAAAGCGCAGCUGGUGGCUGGUGGUCGCGACAUUAUUGUAUGGACCGGAUUCCAAGGCACGAUUGGCAUGUUCGUUCCUUUUGUCAGCCGUGAAGAUGUCGAUUUCUUCCAGAGUCUGGAGAUGCAAUUGGCUUCUCAACACCCUCCCCUUGCUGGUCGGGACCACCUGAUCUAUCGUGGGUAUUAUGCCCCCUCCAAAGGUGUCAUUGACGGCGACCUGUGCGAGAUGUACUUCCUACUGCCGAACGAUACGAAGAUGAUGAUUGCCGCCGAACUCGAUCGCUCUGUGCGUGAGAUCGAGCGUAAGAUCUCGGAUAUGCGAACGAGGGUGGCUUACUAA